AUGCAAAACUUAACUGAAUUUAUGGAAAGCUUUAAUGUAAACCAUUUAGACAUAGCGCCCCGGUAUGCCAGUAUACUUAUGGGCAUCUCUAACGGUUUCGGUACGCUGGCCGGUAUGUUGUGCCCAAUUGUGGUCAAUCUGAUGACCAAAGAAAAGACACCUGCGGAAUGGCAGGACGUGUUCAUAAUCGCCGGCCUAAUACACAUCUGCGGCGUCAUCUUCUACGCCAUCUUCGCGUCGGGGGAACUGCAGCCGUGGGCUGAGCCGCCCAAGGAUGUGGAGCACAUG